CAUUGACUGCUGCAGCUAUCAGACAUACCCGGCAGGAUCACUAUGUGCAUCUCACACACAAUUCUUCCACUUGUCACCUGCACGCUGCUGCUCCUCGUCUCCACAUCAGGGGAAGGCCAGCCUCGUGAAGCCCACGAAGACACACCUGAUGCGGACAGGACGGACAGCCAGACGGUUCUGCUUCUGGAGGCAGUGAAGACGGGGAUCCUCAGCUCUUUGGGUAUGGACACGGAGCCCAGGCUGACCCAAAAGGCCUCGAAAAAGGAGCUCAGGGAGAUGUAUCAGCGCUACAGGAAAAAAAUAAGGGAGAUAAGAGGAAAUUCCAGCCAACCAAUGAGGGGAAACUCGCAAUCCACCAUGUCCACGGUGCUCUUUCCAGUUUUGCCACUAAAAGUGCUUCGGAGGGGCCCACAGUCAGGUCCGAGCGUGCGGUGGUACAGAGCUGUUUUUCAAAAGAAUUCAAAUAUCCAGACUGAACUGACUGUAGCUCGAGCAGAGCUGAAGAUUUCCAGGCACAUUCUGGGUAAACUCACUUCAGUUAAGCCUAAAGUAAGAGAAGAGAUUAAAGUUAAAGUCAGUGGGGUGAAGUCAGUGGUUUCAGCUGCCUGGACUGACCCUGUACGCCAAACCAAUAUCUCAAACACUCAAGACGUGACCCUGGACAUCAGCUCGGAGGUGGAGGAGUGGAUCGGGACUGAUGGGCAGCCACUGGUCGUGGAUGUAGGUAUGGCUAACAGGCAGGGCCUCACACUGACCAUUUCUUUGGAAUUAGGCCUCGUGCAAACCAAACCUGCACAGAGGACGAGGCAGCGUCGCUCCAAUAAGGAAGACGACUGCGAUGAACGAGGAUGGUGUUGCCGGAAGUCGGUUACCGUGUCCUUCAAAGACAUCGGCUGGACAGAGUGGGUGGUGGCCCCAGCCGAAUACACGAUGCAUUUUUGCGAUGGCACCUGCCCCCACAACUACAAGCCGGCGAGCAUGCACACGCAGGUCAAGUCUCGGCUGCACCAGAUUACCAAAGGAAGGACACCUAACCCCUGUUGUGUGCCAGCAGCCUAUGAGCCCAUGGUCCUCAUGCACUAUGACAGCAGGGAAAAACUGAGGCUGACUACUUUCACAGACUUAAUUGUCAGUAAAUGUUACUGUGCAUGAGGAGAAAAUGCAACUGACCACUUCUUCAAAAUUUAAAGAAGUGCAUCGUCUUCAUUUAAAAAACAGGUUACAUAGUGAAGAAAAAAAAAAGCUAAAAUGAGAUCUUGAAUGAGUAUUAAAGAAGCAAUUACAUUUAAAAUCUGAAUUAUC